UCUGCUUGGGCCCUAAUUCAAACAAGCUAUUGAUUUGGGAUUCAACAACACCAUGAGCAGUACACCUGAGAAGUAUGAUUCUGACCUCAAAGACGAUGGAUCAACAGCCAGUCUCCUCUCUUCUGACGAAAUCCUCAACUACGAAACCGGACGCAAUUCGAGACGGACUUGGUCGUGGACAUGGCCUCUCGCGUUCUGCAUCUCACUACUUCUCACGAAUAUGAUAACUUCCGUCGUGACCUACCGGACAACCUCCAAGAACCAUCGAUCCGUCGCCGAACCGCCAACCGGAGUACCUAAUGUCUUUCGUGAUCUUUCUCUUACGCCGAGGCCUACGCUCUUGAACGUGACGUUCUACGACCGAGACGAUAGUAUCUACCGCAAACGAGCAUCUGCAGAAGCAGAUGAAGCGUGGAAGGAGUUGGCGCAGAGCGAGGGAGGAGUUAUGCUGAUACCGAAGGAAGAUGCAAAGCAGAGCGACAUCGAUCCGGAGAAGCACGCGUACUGGGAUGCGCCUGAGCUGGGGCUGGAGGGAUACCCAGUUGGCGUGGAGGUCUUGCACCAACUGCAUUGUUUGGACAUGCUGCGGCGGAAUCUUUGGUUCAAUAUCGAUUUUACCAGAGAACAAGCGAGGAAAGAUUGUCCAGAAUCCAAGCCUGAUCUCUGUGGCGAACCCCAGGAAUUCACUAAUACGCAUAUCGACCAUUGCGUCGAUUUUUUGCGUCAUCGGUUGAUGUGUACUUCCGAUCUGGGCGUCGUUCCCUUGUUGUGGCUUGGUAGAGAAGGUCGGAUGACGGGCGAUAUGAGCCGGAUGCACACAUGUCGGAACUAUGAUACCGUUCUACCGUUCGUAUCGAAGAAAGGCGUCUCUAUGCCAGAGAAGGGGGCUGUGAAACCCAAAGCUGAUGAUUAUGUUAUAUGGGAUUAUAUAUGA